CCCUUCUCGCGCCAGGAGAACACGACCCACUCUCUCUUUCUGAACUAUGUUUUUCACCGUGCGCUUGGAGAUGAUUGUUUUUCAGACCACACUAACAAGACAUCUUGGAUAUUGUUGACUUUCUGAGGGCGGGAGAAUGGCCUGUGGACCAUGUGAAGUUUUCUCUUUCAAAGACACCGAGCUUCCCUCCAACCUCCUCGUCCAGCUCAACAUCAUGCGGCAGGAGCGCAUCCUGACCGACGUCCUGCUCUGCACAGAGCAUCAGGAGAUCCCCUGCCACAGGAACGUCCUGGUGUCCAGCAGCCCGUACUUCCGAGCAAUGUUCUGCAGCAACUUCCUGGAGAGCAGCCAGACCCGCGUGAACCUGAAGGGAAUCUCCUCGAGCGUCAUCAGUUGCAUCGUGGACUACGUCUACACGGGCUGCAUCUCCAUCACGAUGGAGAUUGUGCUGCCGCUCAUGCAGGCAGCAUCCAUGCUUCACUACGGAGGUCUCUUCGAGGCCUGCUCACUGUUUCUCCAGGGGCAGCUGAGUCCAGAGAACUGUCUGAGCAUGAUCCGCCUCUCGGAGAUUCUCCACUGUGAGAGCUUGAGGGAGAGGGCCAAGGAGAUGGCCGUGAGGUGCUUCUCUGACGUGGCUGCCACUGAGGACUUCUGCGAGCUGUCUCUCCCUGAGCUCAUGUGCUACCUCGAAGAUGACCGCCUUUGUGCCGAGGAGGAGCAGGUGUUUGAGACCCUGCUGGCGUGGAUCCACCAUGACCCGUUCUCACGACGCGGCGCGAUCCACGACCUCUUCAAGAAGGUCCGUCUGCGCUACAUCCACCCAACGUACCUCUUCCAGUUCAUAGCCAAUGACCCCCUGGUGCAGUCGUCCACACUGUGCACCGAGAUCAUCGAUUCUGUACGUCGCCUGAUGCUUACCGUCAGCAAUAAGUGUAGCCGUGAGCUCAAGCCGCUGUGGACCACACCCAGACGCUACACCUGCAGAGAAACACUGGUGGUGGUUGGAGGACGCAAGAACAACGAACAAACCUCACGUGAAGCACUGCUGUACGACGAGAGGACCCAUCGUUGGCAGUGGUUGGCCAAGCUCCCCCUGCGGCUCUACAGAGCUGCAUACGUGUGCAUACACAGCAUCCUCUAUGUGCUCGGCGGCCUGAGCCUGUGCAUGACGUCGGGCGACAGCUCGGUCAGCGCCACAGUGUACACACUCUCCCUCAAGACCAACCAAUGGAGGACUGCCGAGCCCAUGUCGGAGCCACGAUACGCCCACCAGAGUGUGUCCUACCUGCACUUUAUUUUUGUGCUGGGAGGCAUCGGGGUAGACAAGCGGAUCUCUCAGUCGGUGGAGAGGUAUAACAGCAUGUUUAACCAGUGGGAGGCCAUGGCGCCGAUGCCCACAGCCGUGCUGCAUCCGGCCGUCGCAGCAAGUGAUCACAGGAUCUAUGUUUUUGGAGGGGAGGACGCCAUGCAGAACCCAGUCAGGCUGAUUCAGGUUUAUCACAUCGCUCGCAAUUCGUGGUCGAGGCUGGAGACGAGGACGGUGAAAAACGUUUGUGCCCCAGCUGCCGUCAUAGAGGACAGGAUCUACAUCAUAGGAGGGUACACCAGGCGAAUGAUCGCCUACGACACCAAAGCCAACAAGUUUGUCAAGUGCGAGAAUCUGAAGGAGCGAAGGAUGCACCACAGCGCGACGGUGAUCAACAACAAGCUCUACGUCACCGGUGGACGCAUCCUCAACAGCCAAGAUGUCAUCGAGGACUCAGACUGCUUCGAGUGUUACGACCCAAAGACGGACGUUUGGACGUCAAAAGGCUCUUUGCCGUACAAGCUCUUCGACCAUGGCUCCCUGCCACUGGUCUGUGUAUCCAAUAGACCCAACCCACCAUGACCUUUCAUCCAAUCUGCCGCUUUUGGUAAAUAUUGGCUAGAAGUUCUCCACCUCCCUCUUGUGAUGAUCUAUCGGCCUCUAGCUUCAUAAAUGGGAAACCAUUUUGUAACAGACUGCAUUCCCUUAUGCGGCUCAGUCUCUGCCGCAGCUUAGCGGGACGUUAAUCCAGGCUGACUUCACGGUGUCAAUCAAAGACGAGCUUGGACCGACGUGCAGAGCCGUCAUGUCUGAGGCACCUGGGGGGGAACCGAACCCCGGAGAUGACAAGAGGCCGUCUGCACAACAAGCAGCUGCUCUGACACAGAAUCCAAAAAGCUCUUUCCGCAGACGGCUGCACGCGUUUGAUGCUAACUUAACGUGUUAAUGUGUUAAUUUCACACAGCGGAGGACUCGCAGCUGUUCUGCAAAAACUGAACACUUGUUGAAUAUCUGUACGUGUUUAUUAAAAUGUCCGAUCAGACAGUCGCACUUUGAAGAAAACACAUUCCUCCAUGACCCUCAUGCUUCUAACCGGGUUAACAUGAAAAUGAUGAAGUGUGACAAGCUCCCAUGGCAAAGUCCCUCAUGGUGGAUCUUUAUUGCUCUAUAUGGCUGACAUGUAGCCAAGAAGAACAGUUUUAUUGAAAUGACUUUAUCCUGUUUUGUUGGUUUAAUCCACGACUCUGAGAUCUAUUCCUGUUACCCCCUAACAAAGCAUGUUUUGUGUUUUAUUUUUCAUCUUGUGUCGUUGUUACAAGAAAAUGGCUUCUCAGGCAGCUCCGAUGAUGUGAGGAAAUGUGACACUCCUAUCUUUGAAUGUAAAGGGCCUGCUGGGUAUGCAGUGACCUGCUACUCGCAGUAAUAACUGAAAAGGGUUUUGGGGACAUCAGUGAUCUGACAUCAUCCUCCAAUCUCCUGAGGAAACAACGAGACAACAUAGGAAGAUGCCAGAUGUCCCAGAAGAAAGGAAAAUUCAAAAUAGAAUCUCUUCUUGGUCUUUCCUUUUCCUCCUCGACAUUACUGAGCUCCAUUCGAGAUCUACAUGAGAUUUAGACUUUUUUCUCAUAUGUUUUAAAUUUAGCUCCUGAGAAAUAACUCCACUCUAGUCGCAGCCUGAUCCUCAGUGAAGAUCUUAAAAGGCUUCCAUUUCUGUCUCCAGCCGGGUUGGGAGAAACGGAUCAGAAUUGAGUAAUAUUCAAAAAAUAAUUUAUUUAUUUAUCAUGGGGCAAAGAAAAGACAGUGAGCCAAUGAGAUUGUGAAGACAUAUCUUACCCAGAAGCGUUUCACAGAACCUGGGAGGCCCUGCACAAUUGUCUUGGCUUUGGAGUAAUGUAACCAGCCGUCCUCUGGGGGGGGCCCCUCUCUGUUUGGGACCCCAAGCAAAUGCCUGGCAUCCGAAUCCUGUUGAAACGCCCCUGGUCUUAUCAUCACUGCGUCUUCUUCCUGUAUCGUGACCCCAGGUGAUGGUUUACAUGGAAAAUAUUUCACCUAAUCAUCUGAUCAAAUCAUCUGUUUGUUUGAGUCCCUAAUCCUCUGCAUCGUGCACAAUGUGCUGCUGUUACUUGCACAAGUGAAAGAUCUUUCUUUUUUGUAUUGUACGUCUAUAAAUGAUCAUGGAUUUCC